AUGCGCUCCCUGUACCCGUUGGCGAGGCGCUCGGCGGCGGCCUACACGAUGCACAGUGUGAAUGUGCCCGAGGCCUACGACUACCUCGAGAACCCUGAGAACCCUGAAACAAAGUCGUUUGUGCAGGCACAAAAUGCAUUAUUUGAAGACUAUCUUACUUCCGAUGCCGAGUUGCGCAAGAAACUCUUUGACAAGAUAUUAAACUCGCAGGAUUACCCGCGUAGUUCCAACCCCAGUUUUCGCAAGGGGCACUACUAUUACUAUCAUAACUCCGGCCUGCAAAAUCAGAGUGUUUUGAUGCGCGCGAAAAGCCUUACCGAUGACGCUUUGAGCAUCUUUCUGGAUCCCAACACAAUGAGCAGUGACGGUACAACGGCUGUAAAGGUCUCCGCUUGGAGCGAGGACGAGACGAUGUUGGCCUACAGCCUCAGUGAUAAGGGAAGUGACUGGCAGCACAUCCAUGUGAGGCGUGCAGACACUGUGGAAGACACUUCAGAUGUGAUUGAAUGGGUCAAGUUCUCUGGCAUUGCAUGGUGGCACAACCAUGGAUUUUUUUUAUACACGUUACCCUGA